CGCGUCAGCGAACAGUGCGCGCGCGGCGUGCCGACCAUCUGGUCGUUCCGUUUAAAAACGACCAACGACGCGACCCGGUCCCAACACCGUUGACGCUGUGCGGUAGAUCCAUUCCCCGGUAGAUCAUUCCCUCGCUUUGUGCCGGUGCCACCGUACGCAUACUGUUCCUGGUAAAGAGUGGAUUGGUGUGGUUUUCGUGACACUCUACUGAUAGCCUAGUGAACGUUUCACGGGGAACUAUGCUGUCAACCGGCCCGAUCACCGUGCUACUCGUGGUCCUCGCUGCCACCGGGAUCCACGCAACUCAGACCAUGGACGCCAAGAUUCGCGAUGAUCCGGACUUGUCUCAGUUUUAUCAGCUCCUGGAGGCCAGCCCCGUGGCCAACUCUACCCUGAUGUACCGUCACGUGACCGUGUUCGCGCCAACGAACCGGGCUUUCCAGAAGUAUAAUAGGACUACGAACAACUUGGUGCUCUACCAUAUGGCGAACAUGCCAAAAACACUCGAGAACCUGGGGGACUCGAUCUCAUCAGAGCUGGAGGGUAAUCCGCCAUUAUGGGUCACUCGGAGGCAGAGCACGCGCGGCGAGGAAGUUUACAUAAAUAAUGCGAAGAUUCUCACGGAGCAAAGUAAUUUCGAGUCGAAGGUUAUUGUCGGCAGCGACGUGAAAACGCAGAUUCUGCACGUUAUAAAUGAAGUGCUGGAGCCAGUUCGAUCGAACUCCGCGGAAAUGAUUUCCAGCCCGAAUGCUUACGAGUUUUUGAACCAAAGUGAGAAGCUCGACUUAGGUGUUCAUCGAGUACGCACCUUCAGACAGCGGGUCAUCAAGGAGAGGAAGCAGGAGGACUUCAAGGCGGACGGACGUUACACCUUUCUCAUCCCCGUCGAGGAGGGUUUCAAGCCAAUACCGAGACCAGAGAAGGUGGACCACUUGGUAAUCGAUGGACACGUGAUACCUAACCACGUACUCUUCACAUCACCGACACCUGACAAUGUUCCCUACAAGACCCUCGCGUUCACUGACAACGCCAAGGUCACCGUUAGCUUCCUCAAGCAAAACGAUAAAGUGUACGUCAAAUCCAAUACGCUGAUGGGAGACGCGAGUCAUCCGAUGACCGGCGUCGUGCUGGCGGAGAUCGUUAAAGCGAACAUCCCGGUGCGGAACGGCGUGGUGCACCUGAUCCAACGGCCUCUGAUGGUCGUCGACACCACCGUGAAGGACUUCCUCGAGUCCUUCAAGGGCAUCGAAAAGGAGGACGGGCCGGUGUACAAGUUUUACCAGACGAUCCGAGAUUUCGGCGAUGAAAUCAUGGGCAGCAUAAGUCAGCUGCGCAACGUCACCCUGUUCGCACCGAGCAACGCUGCCCUCGAGGAGCCCGGCGUGCAGAAGAUCCUGCAGGACAAGGAACGCGUCAAGGAGAUCUUGAACCUCCAUUACGUCAAGGAACGCCUGCCCCUCGACAAAAUCAAGAACAAGAGCGUCAACCAGAAAUCCUUGGACGGGAAGCCACACGUUGGGGUACAAACAGCAGCCGAUAGGAAGAAGCUGUACUUCAACGUAGUCCAGGGACCGAGCGGCAACCAAACUGUAACCGUCGAGGGUGGUGGCGUCAACGCAACGGUAGUCACCGCAAAUAUUGCUGCCACUAACGGAUUCAUUCACAUUAUCGACAGGGUUCUCGGUGUUCCUUACACAGACGUGCUAAAUAAACUUAGGACUGACCCCAUGCUCAAUACCACUUACUAUCUGGGUCAACGACGCGAUUUCAACAACCAAUUGAAUGAAACAAAGAAGUGGUUCACUUACUUCGCACCACGCGACUAUGCCUGGAACGUAGCCGAAGUCACAUACCCCUCCACCCUGAAGAAGCUCUUUAUGCCUGAAUUCAGUUAUCACACAAAACAAAUUCUGGAACGGCAUCUCGUGGUAGGGAACGAACCGUAUACCAUGGCCAAGUUGAAGGAGAUGAAGCACAACGAGACCAUCAUCCUCCCAUCCGUCAGAGACACCCUGAAACUUCGUGUCCGGGAGAAUAACGAAAAUGACAAGCACGAUGAAAACGCGAUCCGCCCAGAAACUUUCGAUUACCAGAUCGAGUGGGACGGCGAGUGGAUCCGAGUGUUCCGCCCGGACGUGGAGUGCACCAACGGAAUCAUCCACGUGAUCGACAAGGUGUUCCUGAAGGACAGCGACGUGAGAGUGAAGGGGUCUGACGCGUCUGUGAUCAGCCUGGCGCCGCACCUGAUCAUGGUCCUGGUGGCCAAGUGGCUGCUUUAAGGGCGCAUCGCCGCGCGAGUCUGUCAUAGGUGCACCUAGGAAUUUAUUUCGGGACCGUCUCCGAUCGUGCUCGUCCAUUGGGGGGACCGCGGGCGCGAAUGGGGAAUCGAAUUCAAGCUCUCGACCCGGGGUCGGCUCUUCAGGGUCGGCCACGAGUGACUCCGACUAGUCCCGAAGCACCGCGAAACUGUGUUCGAGAGGGUUUCGAACCCCACGACCUCCUUCCCUUUCAAAUAUAAAAUGCAAAAUAACGAAAAAAAGAAGAAGAAAAAGAAAAAGAAAGAAAAUCGAGUCACAUCGGUCGGGGACGAUCCUGAACGAUUGCGACAGACAGACGGGUCGAGGGCUCUUGGGCAGAGAUCUCCGAAACGGCUGCCUUGAUCGGACAAAGAGUCAACGCGGCCGACGUUUUGAACGGUCUAGGCGCAGCGAGUCGCACGAUCGAGCGGCUCUCAGAGUGACGAAUUAACACAAUCGACGCAGCGUCGCUGUCGCGAUCGGAGACAUUGUACUCCCUUGUUCGUCGCGUCGACGCGUGUAGGUUGUCUCUUGUCUGGUGAACGUCCGCGUGAGUCCGUUGAAAGACGAAGCAAAGGGAAAAGACAUUAUUGAAGCGCGGACCGCGCGCAUGGCGUGGACUCGUCUCGCGGGUGUUCCCACGGGACGCCGUCGAUCGUACCAAAAAUGAAUUUGAAUCAACCGUACCAAGUAAUUUAGUAGAAACUUAAGCGAGGGACGAACGCGAAGACAGAGAUUUCGGGGAGGCUUCUUCGAGUACAAGGGCGAUGACGAGAGGGAUAUGGCGUUUCUUUUUCUGAUUUCUUGUUUUUCGCGCGAUCGUGAAUUCCGUUUCAGAAAGAAAAAAGAACGAAGAUUACCGUCAUUAAUUUUACCGAUUGAUAGUGGUAUUCUGCUCGACGGAAUUAGAUAAAGACCACGUUUUGUUGGACAUGGAUAUUAUCAUUCGAAUGCCGAUGGUUCUGCUUGAAAGACAGGCGAGUGUCCCGCGUUUAGUUGAAACGUGCCGUCGAUGUUCAGGCCGUAAAUUCGCCGUUAACAAAGGAAACGCGUCUCGCCUAAUUAUGGUACUUCGAUUUCAUUAACAAUGGAUGCGCUACGGUUCUGUAUGUGUGAAUGCGUGUCGAGCGAGUGAAUGAUGCGUGCGAGCGUGUCGUUUUAUUCUGUCCGAGCGAGUAAUCGCAUCGCCGAGGUCACGGCAAAGAUCGAGACCGGGCCGACCGAUCGACUCGUUGAAUCGUUUUGCGACGCGCAUUUCGAUCCGGGAACGGCGAGCUGUUUUCUUUAUCCCGUCACGCUGCGAACGAUUCAGCCGCACGUUCGCGUUCGAUUCAAGGGCCCACACCCAACCCCACAACCCCUCGACGCACGAUUCGCGAGUACAGAGGUGACUUCCGGUUACACUUGCUCUUCUGUAUCAUAUCGUACUACACUAUCUUACUUACUAAUAAUACUGCCACGUCGCGUCGCAUUGCAGGCCGAACGAGCUUGUGAACGAGUUUUUUGUACAAUUAGAGGAAGCGGAAGCUUUAUCCAGUAGCGACUUGAUCACAUUCCGACGUUUCGCUCGGGAGAAUCGUUUCCGAGAGAGCGACGGCCGGAAGCGCGGUGCUCUGUGCUUCUUCUCGACGCUUUCGCUGCUGCGUCGGUUAUUAUCAUAAUUACUCUGUCACUAGAAUGUACAUUGACACUGAACCUAUCUGAUGAAACAGAGAGUGAUGCUCUUUGAAUUUCUUUCUUUGUGAUUCCUCGAAAAGAUACAGAUACGUCUCUUCGAAAUGAUUAGGUCAAUCGAUCUAAUAACACGCGAAUUGAAACAAAAGUGAACUUGAAUAUGAAGAAAUGCGAUCUUAGAGUUCGUAUAAUUGAUCAAAUUUGUGUGUAUAAGGAAAUGCGAAAUAAUCAGUUUGACUGCCAGUCCUAGUGUCGAUGUACUGCUGAUGCAACUGUUGCAUUUUGCCUUCUUACUAAAUAUUGUUCUUCGUCAUUCAUUUUUAACGAUUCACCGAAUUAAUGAUCAACGGCGAAACUGUCGUUUUUAAAUGGCGAGGCGAUCAAGUAUUCUGCUGCGGAACAGAGAGAAUGGAAUUGUAGCAGCGGCGGAAGCGUCAAUCGGUGACAUAUGCUUGAUCUGUAUAAACGCUUGACUUAAUGCGAUUUAACUGAAGUUAUUGAACAGAAUUCUAUAUAUUUAUGUGUUACGAGGUACUUAUACAGUGUCACUUCGUACGACAUUAUUACGGUCGCUAACAUAUCGUUGUGUAUAAUUAUUGCUGAAAUUCAAAGUUUAUUGAGUAUUUUUAUCGAGAAUAAUAUACAGAUAUGAAUGCGCCAUUGAAGAGUGUUGCUCAAGGAGCACGAGGCACGGGAAUUGAAACACGAUAGUCUCUCUUUUAAGGACACGAUUCGCUCGAGCACAAUCUACACGUAACGCCAUUGAAUACUCUUUGAAAAAUUUCUUUUAUCUCAUUGACUGUAUAGUACCAUAUAUAUAUGGUCAUCAACGCCAAUGCACCGCGUCAUAAUUGAGUCGCUAUCGAGAUUACUGCCGGGUUCGAGUUCUGUUGUUCCGACGCCGUUCAGUUCAACCCUUCGUGAUUUGACGUUAAACGACGUACAAGCUGAAUUAUCGCAGGAUCGAUGCAUUAACACCUUCACAGUUUUCUAAAUAGACUGCGCACGUUUAUGCAUUUAUAGAAACUGAUUUACAACGACGGAAGUCGAACAAAAGUAAUUUUUCGAUUAGACUUUAUCGGAUUGGUUCGAUUUUAAUAACAACCCACACACGAAUGUUUUUAAAUGAACAAUUCAAUACUCACACGGUUGAAAAUGACAACUAAAAAAUCAUAUAGAAUCCAGGGGAAUGGCAUUGGGACGUUCUUGAGAGGGCAUUCACCAAUGCUCCGAGAAAAAUGUCAUUUCCUUCGAAGCCUAGGUGUCUGGACAGUGAACGUGUUAAUCCCAGUACAAUUUCAUUUCGUUCGAAGUAUGAAAUUUCGCUGAGACAGGCAAAGGGUUGACAACUGACGAUUUUCAAGCGAACGAUACAGUGCAAGCAACAACGUUUCAUUCCCGACGAGGUUAGUCAGAGCUUUUAGCUGUGUCUGUACAAGCGAGUAACGAAUUAAAACGAGCGUUAGCGAAAGAGUCCGUCAGAGCAGAUAAGAUAAGCCAAGCAAUGAGAAUCAAACGCAAUGAGACGCAGGAGGUCGGGCCGUUGAAAAAUGGGAACAGAGAAAAACGCGAGGAAUGAUGACGCCUCGGAAUUUCGU